AGAGGAAAAGUUCGCACACGUAUCAGCUGUGUGAUUGAAACUUUAAUCGCAAGUCCAUUUGUGGAAGUGUAAUCCAGUGGUUUAGCAGUUGGUAGACCCAAUAGUGGAUUGUUGCAGUAUACCUGUGAUAAAAUCGUCAUAUAUCCAGCAAUCAGUCUCACGUUAAACGUGAAGCAGGUCGCCGAAACGCAAUGCCUGGCGCCAGAAGAAUGAUCCUAGGUCAUGUAAUGUCCGGUUUGUGCAGUAAAAUGAACCGGACUAAGCAGCUGCCGGCAGAUUUGAUGGAAACUCCGCUGAAUCGAUGUCUCAACACCUUCGACAUCACUCUGCUAGGAAUCGGCCAUAUGGUUGGCGCCGGUGUCUACGUGCUAACGGGUACGGUAGCUCGUGAGAUGGCUGGUCCGGGAAUUGUCCUGUCCUUCAUCUUGGCCGGAAUAGUUUCUAUGCUGGCCGCGCUAUGCUACGCCGAAUUCGGAACCAGAGUACCGAAGGCAGGAUCAGCGUAUGUUUAUACGUACGUAUCGGUUGGUGAGUUUUGGGCGUUCGUAAUCGGAUGGAACAUCAUAUUGGAGCAUAUGCUUGGUGCUGCGUCGGUUGCACGUGCUUGGAGCGGGUAUGUUGAUUCAAUGUUGGGGAAUAUUGUGGCCAAUACGACAAUGGAGAUAACAGGGGAAAUGCAUGAACAGUUGCUGGCUAAGUAUCCGGACUUUUUGGCAUUCGCUGUAUGUUUGAGUUAUGCUAUUGCGUUGGCAGCUGGCGUGAAAGCCACUGCAAUGAUCAACAGUGUUCUCACGAUGGUAAAUGUUGCCGUUAUGUCAUUGGUUAUCGUGCUUGGAUUUUGGUACGCUGAUCCUGGGAAUUGGGCACUACCAGAUCAGGGAUAUCUGCCGUAUGGAUUCGGCGGUGUAUUGGCAGGUGCUGCAACCUGCUUUUAUGCAUUCGUAGGAUUCGAUAGUAUCGCGACAUCCGGUGAGGAGGCCAAAAACCCUAGCGUGUCGAUCCCUCUGGCCACAAUUUUGUCGCUAUGUAUAGUUACCAUCGGAUAUGUAUUAGUGAGCGCUGCUUUGACACUUAUGAUACCAUACAACGAAAUUAAUCCAGCAGCUGCGCUUCCAGAUGCUUUCGGAAUACGUGGUAUUUCUUGGGCGAAGUAUGCAAUUUCUACUGGCGCUAUAUGUGGUAUGACGACAACUCUGCUUGGCUCACUCUUCGCUCUACCAAGAUGCCUGUACGCAAUGGCCAGUGAUGGUUUAUUGUUUUCUUGUUUUGGUAAGGUUAACACUAAAACUCAGGUUCCCCUGCUAAAUCUAGCAAUUUCUGGACUUUUCUCUGCCUUGCUGGCUUUAAUAUUCGAUUUGGAGAAACUCGUUGAAUUUAUGUCCAUUGGGACCCUUCUGGCGUACACUAUUGUCAGCGCUAGCGUAAUCGUACUCCGUUACCGCCCAAUCACCGUAGAGGAAACAGCCAAUUUGGCCCCCGAUACUCCAGGCACGGACGAGGAAGAGGGAGUCUCUUCUUCGUCACAAUCGAGUGCUGUAGACCAGUGUUCGCCCACCAGCGAGAUGCUUGAGAUAGCUCUGACAGGACGGCUGCGGCCUCAGUUUCGAUGGUUGGAGCCUGUAUUGGGACGAUGUGAACCAGGGGUAGCUUGCUCAGGUGCCGUGUUGCUGUUCUGCGUACUCAGUGUGGCGGUCUGCUUUCAGCUUCAAGCUUCUUGGGAUGAGUUGUACAACGGAACCUGGUGGGCCUUGGGAUUGUACGGCUUCCUAUUGUUCUGUUUGGUAGCAUGUGUCGUAGUCAUCAGUGCUCACCAUCAAAACACCCGGGGACUUCAAUUUAAGGUACCGCUGGUGCCAUACAUUCCAACAUUGAGCAUAUUCUGCAACAUCGAGUUAAUGGUACAUUUGAGUUUCCUGACGUGGCUGCGAUUCUUUAUCUGGCUUACGAUCGGAAUGUUAGUUUACUUCCUGUAUGGUAUCCACAACAGCAAGGAAGGCGAGUUGGGAACUUCCUAUUCGAUGUUGAUGUCCACCCAGGAAGCGAUUCGCGGCUGGGGUGCCACAAACUCGGCUGGCCUUACCGGAGGCUCAUGCGUUACCGUUACGAAGAUUGUGAAAGGUCGCGUUAGUCGAAAGAGUGUCGAUAAGCAGGCAAUCGUUGAUGAUGAAGAUGACGAUUCGUAAGUUGUGCGAAGAAAACUAUACCAAUGCAGGAAUAAGGGAAAAUCUUGAGUUACGCUUAUUGGUUGCACAGUUGGUUCAAAGUAUUAUGCAGUAUUUUCAGCGCUUAGCAAUGCAAUGUAGAUGUAAAUAACAUUUACAAAGAUCAUAGAUCGUUUCAUGAGGCACAAGAUCAAAGUAUUCAUUUAUUAUUCACUUACUAAUUUGUGCUUCCAAAAUUUGUUUUUAUUAAUCUUUGUGGAGAUAAGAACCAAUUACCAAAGCUAGAGAUAGUCAAGCUAUUAUAUACUAGACCUGUUAGAAUGUAUAUUAGUUAUAGUAUACUUGAAUAUGUAACUAGAACAAAUGAUAAUACCUGCGCUAUCGUUAGUAUGUAAUUAUGUUAUAUCCCCUAUCUAGUGCUUUACAAUUCUUCGAUUUUUAAUUUGUUGUAUUGAGUAACUUUUAAUAAGUGCGUUUCGGGAGAACUCUAAAUGCCUGUACUUUUUCAGCACAGGAAUCGAAUUGGGCUAGGUUCUAAAAUGUAGGUGUAUGUAACUAUCCCAAUAUUACGUAAUGCAAACAUAUCACUCGCAACAUUUCGCCAUUCCUGCUCGUACUUCAAUUUGAUCAAUUCUUUUUAUAUUAUAAUCUAUGUAUUUUAGUAAUGUAUUCGGAGCAGUGUGCUUUUUUGACAGCUUUAUCCUUCAAAUACCGGUAGAGGGUAGAGUAAAUUUUUCGUAGUAGAAUUUCGAAUGUGAUUGUUACGCCGAAGGAGUUCACUCAUAGUUUUACGCUCAAAGUUUCUGGCCGACUUCAACUUUUUAAUCGUAAAAUUAAAAUAUAAAUGGUCAUAUAUUUUUCGACCGAACAGAAAGAUGUGAAUAGUAGGGUGGGGCAUUGUUAUAUGGAAAAAUGUAAUCAUAGCCACAUCAACCGAGCACAGCACUUUUUUGGUUCCUUUUGGGGUCCCAAACAACUGUGCAAAAUUUGGGGUCGAUUGGUGUUGACCCGUCGUAGCGCAUUGCGAUUGAAAUUUGUAUAAAGAUUAGUAUGGGAAAACCUACAUUUUUGCAUUUUUAAUUCUACAGACUACAAUUCUUCCUGUAGUGUACCAACAAAUAGAUAGAAGUGUAGUCCAGGAUAUGCUGAACAACUUUGCCGAAGGAUGUAUGGUGUUAGAAUGUCUCUAAGCCAUGUUAUAGCUGUUCAAAGUUCGAUACAUCGAAUUAAAUGCCAAAAAUCAUUUUUAUUGCCAACACUGCGGGUGUACCAAUGGUAUUUCAUAUAGCAUUCCAAAAUAACAUUAUAUAUUUUAGUUUUACCACAUUGAUAUGUUUGGAUGAAUUAUUCAAAAGCCUAAGCUCAAUUUCAUGAGCGUAGGUAGUUGAGCAAUGGGGCAUAGUGAGGGGGGGGGGGGGUCUAUAAUAUGUAGAAAUUCGAACUGAAAUGCUGUCGAGUUGGAAUGUUCAGAUGAAUUAUUUCAAAACAAUUACACAAUGUCCUACGCAUAAUAGUAACGACGAAAUAAAACAUACUGUAUCCCUUUGCCUUGACUUUUAUCAAUAGAAGUUACGUUACAGACUGAAUCAAUUGAUGUCGAGUUGAUAUGUCAGAGGAUUGCAUUGAUUAUGUUUCAGUUUAAUAGGCACUAUGAUUGAUGGGAUGCUCAUUUCGAUGCUGUUAGAUCACCUGAACCAAAAAUUGUUGUAGGGAUCUGGUGGAUUUCAUGUUGAAAUCCAGAAAUUAGCUUCACGCCUCGUGAUCGAACAGCAUAGAAAUGAGCAUGCUAUCAAAUCAUAAUGCGUAUUAAACCGAAAUAUAAUCCUCUGACAUAUCAACUCGACAUCAGUUGAUUCAGUCUGCAACGUAACUUCUAUUGAUAAAAGUCAAGGCAAAGGGAUACAGUAUGUUUUAUUUCAUCGUUACUAUUAUGCGUAGGACAUUGUGUAAUUGUUUGGAAAUAAUUCAUCUGAACAUUCCAACUCGACAACAUUUCAGUUCGAAUUUCUACAUAUUAAAGCCUCCCCCUAUCCCCCCUCACUACGCCCUAUUGCUCAACUACCUACGCUCACGAAAUUGAGCUAAGACUUUUGAAUAAUUCAUCCAAACAUAUCAAUGUGGUAAAACUAAAAUAUAUAAUGUUAUUUUGGAAUGCUAUGUGAAAUACCAUUGGUACACCCGCAGUGUUGGCAAUAAAAAUGAUUUUUGGCAUUUAAUUCGAUGUAUCGAACUUUGAACAGCUAUAACAUGGCUUAGAGACAUUCUAACACCAUACAUCCUUCGGCAAAGUUGUUCAGCAUAUCCUGGACUACACUUCUAUCUAUUUGUUUGCAUAUUAAAGGAAGAAUUGUAGUCUGUAGAAUUAAAAAUGCAAAAAUGUAUGUUUUCCCAUACUAAUCUCCAUACAAAUUUCAAACGCAAUGCGCUACGCCGGGUCAACACCAAUCGACCCCAAAUUUUGCACAGUUGUUUAGGACCCCAAAAGGAACCAAAAAAGUGCUGUGCUGAAAAAACGAUCAUUUUGCCCCACCCUUGUGAAUAGUUGGGCUCUUUUACGCAUACCACUGGCAGCCCUAUUUCAACAUAUGGAGCUCCUAGGUUGACAGCGACAUACUAUUAUGCUGAGUGCAUAUAAAGAGAGUGACGAUACUGUCAAAAUUGGAACAAUGAUUAUUUGUCAGUGUCGUUCCAAACGAGUCAAAUCCAUGUAUUUUGAGAGGUCGUUUCGACAUAGAUCUUUCAUUAGGGCUUAAAUCGCAAAUGUAAACAAACAGCGUUUUCGCUAUUAUGACAUUAUGCGACAAAAAUACUACAAGAUUGAGGUGAAAAUUAGUUAAAAUGGUUUUAAUUCGAUUUAUAAUUAAAGAAAACAAAACGGCGAAACAUGCAUUUUCUUCGAGAUUUCGACUUAGGCCCUUCUUCUCAUAUGGAAUAUAAGGCUAAACUUACAUUUUUAGACAGAACCGAGGCGUAUGGUUAUUAUUCACAAAAUUAUUCUUUAAAUGGCAGUUCUAUUAUAUAAAUUAUAAGCAAUAUCUACUAUGAUCAUGUCUACUCUAUAGUUAUUGUACAUAAACAUUCGAAUAUUUCGAUAUUUUCAUGAAAUUGGGAGAAAAGAUGCACGCGCCCUUUCAUUUGCAUUGGGUUUAUAUGCGCCCAUUUGCUGAGCCCUAUUGAAAAGUAUACUGUCAAGCUCGCCCAUUUACCCAGCCCUACCCAGCAAGACAAAGUCAGUUUAGCCCAUUUACCGCGCCCUUCUGAAAAUUGUGUUCACGGUUUAGCCCUUUCGUAAAUAGUGGUUGCUGAAGGGCGAAAUCACGACUGGAAUGAAAAUUGGGCGUAAGCAUUUUUUUAGGUUCUACCCACUAAAAGCACAUAGGAAUUAAAUUCUUUGUUAUAUUGUCAUAAGGUUUAACCAAAGAUGCUUCAGGGAAAACAUGAUCAUAAAGUAAUUUAUACCUACAAUAAAAAUUACAUUUAGAAAAGCAUCGCCGAAUAUUGAAACUGAUUUUUCUCCAUUUGAGCACAUUGCGACUCAGGCCCUAAUGAAAAAUCUGUGUCGGUUUGUUCGUUUGGAAUAUUACUGACAGAUAAUCAUGUCAGUUGUCUUCACUCUCCUUACAUACACUCUGCUAUUAUGUACAGGGCUUUACAGUUAGAAAUCCUAAACAAACCAUUAUUUUCGACAACCAUGUGUUCUGUCCCACCUAUUUAUCAUUGUCUGAAAUCGACAAUUAAUGCUGAGUUAAUAGUCUGUGGUACAUGCUCUUAACUUCAUUUCAUUUCGACACAUUAGUUGUCAAUUGGGGGUGAAUUUUAAUCGAGACAAUUGUUGAGUGUGUAACCACUAUACUCUAAUUGCCCCCACUUUUGGUACGUCAAUGCAUCUUAAAACCCAUUUACGUAUUGGCAUCAUUAAAGAAAAACAACGAACACGUUUUGAAUCAAUUACCUUUUGUUUUUUUUCGGUAAUUCGCAUUUUGUUUUUGAUUGUUAUCUCUGAACCUGCCCAAAACCACUUCAGGUUAUGGGUCCAGGUUGCGUUUCGUGUGGAGAAUUCGUGUGAGAAUCGGAGUGUUAAUGGCAUGCAGGAGGAGAGGUACGAUCGUACAUUGCUGCCAUUGGUAUUGUGCCUUGCAGGAUAAUCGCUCGAUAUGCGAUUAUAUGAAAGCUCAAUCACAGAGAACAGACAUCCAUGAUCGACCAAAAAUAUUUAAAAAACGUGUGUAAACAUUUGAAUUAAUAUACGAUAAACACUAGCGCCGCCACACCAACCUAUCCCAACUAUCCGUCAAAUCCAUUCCGGAAUCGGUUUGAAACCCUGAAUGGAUUCAGUAUGGAACCUUGCUUAAAGAAAACAACCGAUUCCGACUCUAUCGGUUGAUGCAUUUGAGCUGGAAUUCAUGCUAGAAGUCCGAACCGGUUCCGGACUAGUUUGACUGGGUAGAGGAAUAACCGCUGUCAAUUCUGUCGAGCUCAGCCACAAAAAACAUAACGACAGCAGCGCACCUGGUUUGGAUAUCCCAACUACCUUCGAAAUCGUUAGAGAUUUUACACAAGUUGAAUGCUGAAGAUAGACGUCUGUUCUCUGUGGCAGCCGUCUAUAUAAAUUCAUAGGCAGCUUUUUCUUUGAAGCUUUUGAAAAGCGCAAAGCCUCCAGAAAAAUAAACAUUGCAUGAGAAGAUCCUCUACAUUCAUUUGCAAUAGAGACUGAUUAUCUCACCUAUAGUUCGCUUAUGUUCGACUGGUUCAUUGUCUAGUGGCUCCAAUGAAAUCGGCUUGCGGAGUAACUGCGGCUAUAUUUGAUGCGCCUUUCAGACGCCCGCAAUGUGAGAUUUUAUUGUAAGCGCGACAAUAGAGUGUGGAGUGCGCUCAGGUGUAUGCAGCACAAGUCGAAGAACUUGGUUCCGUUGGGUGGUGACACAAAUGAGGUAAAAGUUGCGAAAGAGAAAAAAAUGGAAAAAACACCAAGAAAGAUCGCAAAUGAAAUUCACUGCUAGUCUCAAGGAUCCACGACUCGCAGCUCGAGAAUAUACAUGAUAAGCAGCUCGGGUAUUUGAGCGCCGGAGCAUCGAUAGCCAAAUGCAUUUAAAACGGGAGAUGUUGCAACUGCGAUUAGGAGGAAAUUUGUAACAAUAAUUUCUCGCGUAUGACAAAUUGGUGCGUGAAUAUAGAUCGACCGGUGCUGCGCUAGAGGAUUUGGACGUAAUUUGGUUUGUAAUCUUCUAGUAACAUUGGGAUCUUUAUACUUGGGAGUAGACGAUGCCUGAAGAAAAUUUAUUGAUCGAAUUUGUCAAGUGUAGAUUGCUCGAUGAAGAAACCAAGCGGCGAGGUAUGGAGUUGUCACCCUCGACAAGUGGAGAUGCAGUUUUCCUAGGAACGAAGAAAGUGAAGAAAAAGAAAGUUCAUUGCAAGAAGGAAGGAUACAAACAUGGAUUGCCCUGACCGUAAAAAGCUAAUGGACCGAAAGGAAAUGCAGAAAUCGAAGGCAAACGUUGCCGAAACAGAAGAUGCAGAUAAAGUUUGUUGUGUCGGUUUAAGUGGUGAUAUGCCAUUUUCGGAAGAGCAGUGUACCCUAUGCAAAGGACGGCGAGAAGAUUAUUGCUGAACACUCUGGUACACUGAAGGUAGUAUCGGUUGUGAGAGACUAACAAAUUGAAUGUACGAUCAAUGAUGCUUUGUUUAUUCCCUAGUUGCGCGGUAAUUUGUUCUCGGCAUUAAAGAAGAAGAUAUUGUUUGAAUCUGGAAAGGCGAAGAUCUAUCGGUAUACCGAAAUCGUCGCGAUUGCGUCUCGCCGAGAGGAGCUAUACAAACUCGGUUUUUUUCUCGUUUAAGCACAGUGUCGGUGAAGCUUUGUUGACGUGCGGUCGUAUUCGGAAAAGUUUUGAAUUAUGGUACCGACGAUUCGGUCAAGUCGAAGAACUUGGUUCCGUUGGGUGGUGACACAAAUGAGGUGCAAGCUGCGACUGUGAAAAAAAAAUGGAAAACGCACCAAGAAAGAUCGCAAAUAUAAAUCACUGCUAGUCUCAAGGAUCGACGACUCGCAGCUCGAGUAUAUACACGAUAAGCAAUUCGAGCGUUCGAGCGCCGUAGCAUCGCGAGCCGAAUGCAUUUAAAACGGGAGAUGUUGCAACUGCGAUUAGGAGGAAAUUUGCAACAAUUAUUUCGGUCGGUCACUUAAAUGAAAACAGUCUCAAGAAGUUGGUCCAGUAUGAAAUGGUAUUGGGAAUGAACAUGUGUACCACAAGUGUUAAUCGUGACGAUUGUUUGCGAUUCAUGCGUUGCAGUCAAACAGACGAGAAAACAGUUCACUUCGUCUGACGACAAAGGUUCGACACGUGUACUCGAACUCGUGCAUACAGACGUGUGUGGUUCUGUAAUGUCAGUUGAACUGUUUGGAGUGAAAUAUUUUGUUACAUUUACGGACGAUUAGAGUCACUUCACUUUUUGAAGUUCACGAAGUCUGGGUGACUGCAAAGUUUGGGCAGAAAAUUUCUUGUUUGAUAACGGAGGGGAGUAUAAGAACAAGCGGUUCGUGAAACUCUGUAAGCGUAAAGGCAUUCAAAUCAAGUGGACUGUCCCAUACACCCCGCAACAGAAUGCUCUAAGCGAAAGACUGAAUCGGACACUCGUAGAAAAAGCCAGAACGAUGUUGGAGGAUUCAGGAAUCCAGAAGAGUUUUUGGUGACAGGCUGUGCAAACUGCGAUCUUUUUGACCAACAGAAGCCCAACGAAUGCGCUUGGUACGAAGCAAACUCCGUUUGAGUUGUGCGAAAACCGGAAGUCAAAUAUGUUGAAUGUUACGGCCAAUUUCUUCACUUGGAUGAAACCCGGUUUUCGGCUAAUUCAUCACCAGCAACCCGAAAACUAGUUUUCAGCGAAAACCGGUUUUCAUCCAGUGAAGAAAUUGGUCGUUAGAGUUGUAAUGUUUUUGACAAUAUUCCGGAUGAAUUGAGACGAAAGCUAGAUUCGAAGAGCUGGAAGGAUAGUUUGCUGGGAUACGGUUCUAACGGAACUUUGGAACUCCGUGUAAAAUCAAAUUGUGGUAGAGCGUGAUGUGGAUUUCGUUGAGGAUAAGUGUUCCGUCGAGGGCAAUGGCCAGACCUGGAAUCAAACUGCUCGAGUUUUUGCAAACGAUGAUGAAGAUGUGGACAUCACUGCUAAUACAGAAGAUUCUGAAGAAAGUGUAUCCGACGAUACAUUCGUAAGUUUCGUGGAACACGCGGGAUCCGAUACCUACUUGUCGUUCGAUUUUUUUAUCUAUUGUUUCUUUAACUCUUAAAAUUGCCGAAAAUAACCAACAAAAAUCAGUAGAACUUUGCGGCAAUUAAAACAAAGUGACACUUAUCGGCCUAUGGAAUGUAUUCUAUGGCAAUCUACUUAAAUUGUACUUUUUACUUCUAACAGUUUUGUUACUUAUUUCUUGCUAUAACCUUAUUGCUUAUGGCACUAAUAACUGGAUUCUAACCGCACUGCGUACUUACCAUUAUUCUUUUAAAUUCUUCUCAUAGCCAUCUCUAUAACUUGAAAUAAAUGGUUUUUGACAGCUCUGACAGAUAUCUGACGUUUAAAAUACGCACGCUGAGAUCUCGCAUUUUUAUACUAUCGCCCUCCCCUUAAGCCCAGAAGCUGUUUGUUUUCCUCCCAAAUCGCCGUGUAAACGAUUUGUUUUCCUCCUAAAUCAAACGUCAAAAGGGCACAAUACCAACGCAGCUGGAUAUUGCGAAUCUUUUCUAAAAUCCACAUCGUGACAUAUCAGCCAUGCGCCGACAAGUCGUGCGCCGAAUCACGCGCCUAUUCACUUUGCAUUAGUGCAAGCGAAAAAACGAUUUGACGUUUAUUUUUGUUUCGUUCACACUCAUGUGUGAAACAUAUACCAACAAAUCGACGAAAUGCUAGUUUAUCUCGGGAUAAACAAUAAGUCUAUGAAAUACAUACUCCUAUGAAAAAAAAACCCGUCCGACAAGCGUCUCUCGUUAGUCGGAUUCGUGGAUCAAAUCAACGAUUUUAUCGGUCGUCGCGCCCACCGAAGUAACAUCAGCAGAAAUAAACAAGAAAUAAUUAGCUGAUCAGAAACGUUUCAUGGGUUGUCUAAUAAACCACUUUUUCGAAGCGAUCAAAUUGCUGCGACUUGUUUAUAAAAUGGUGUGGCAUUUUUGUAUUUUUUCACAUGUUGAAUUAAGUAUUUGUAGUAAAAUUAGCACAAUAACGAACACAAUAAACACGAAAGUAUCGGACUAAUGUUUCUCCCUUUCCCCAGCAGCUCUGAAUUAGGAUGUAUUCGUCGACGGUAUUGACUAGCUUGCAUCAAUACAGAUUAUAUAGUGAGAAAUUCCUGUUUUAUUUAUCCAGAGUAUAUUAUUUAUAGUGAUCGUUUUACAAUCUUGUUUGGUCCUAGUUGAGGUACGAGCGUUCUUUUCUGCUUGCUGUUACUUAUGUUAUACAGUGAAGUCUCUUUCUAACCAGCUCCUUGGUUUAUAUUAGGGUUGAAAAAUGGGGACUUCGACAAAAUAGGGACAUAUUUUUUCUUCUCUUUAUGAAUUAGUCUUCUUAAGACCGUAGACUCAGAACUCUUUCUGAUUAUUUAGUAGUAAUUUUCCUUAAGGGGAGGUUCUCAUUCAAAAUUUUUAGAAAAGAUGAUAUUUCUUCUUUGCAUUUUUUGAAAGGUAUAAGUGUCUACUACAUUCUGUUAAACGGGUUUUUCGAUCCGCGCAUCAAAAAAUUUUCUGCAGGCCAUUGUUCGAAGCGGCGUCUUGGCCUCCAUGGAUCGCUCUCUGGCAUUUAUGAUUACUUGAUAGUUUUUUUUUUAAGUCGGGAAAAGCCUUUUUGAGUGAAAUUUCAUUUUGUAAUCUCUUCUCAAAAGGCAUGAAAAACUAUUUAUCUUUUCAAAAUAUAUAAAUAUAAUAAAUUCUUAAAUUAAUUUAGCUCACUCGGUUAAAUAAAACCAUAACAGAGCUAAGCUUCAUUCUUCCUAUGUAUGUGAAAUGUAAUGCUUGAUUGUGUAAUUCUUUCGAUUAGUGAGUCGUCUUCAAAUAUCUGAAAAUAUAUAAAUUUUAUGAAAUAUCAAAGUUUAAGAUUGGAUCUCAUAAGAAAUUCGAAGAAGGUUUUAAGGGCAACAAAGUCUUUAUUAGCUAAUACAUCUCUAACAGAAUGAAGGAUAGGUUUUCCUACAGAAGAGAGGACAGAAAUAAAAUGUUGUCUUGUUUCUGAAAACCGUGAACAAUGUAAAAUUAUAUGAUCAAUAUCCUCAUAUGACUAUAAACAUUCACAUAAAUUUGAAUCAAUUAUAUUCAUGCGAUAUAAACGACUUUUACAUGAAUAGUGAUUUGAUAUUAUACGAGAGAAAGUUUGUAUAAAAAAUCUUCCUGCAUUUAAUCCAUAAAAUCAAGGUUUACGGUUAACAUUUGGUAAAAUAGAAUGGCACAUUCGUCCCAUAUCACUAAGAUCCCAUACUUGUUGCCAAAGCAUAUUAACUUUAUGUCGAAUCAAAGAAAAGUAUUCAUUACCUUGAAUUCCUCGAUAUCUUCAUGGCAUUAUGCACAUUCCCAGAAUGUUUCGCGUUGCACUGUACUUGUGUGGAGGUCUGGAGAAUUUAUUUCACGGCUUGAUCUGUAGAGCCAUCGCAGACUAGUCACGAGUUAUCAAACAAACACAGAAAAUGGUGAAAAAGGGAAAAAAUUUGGUCAUAAUUGUUAGUACGACUUAUUGGAAUCGCCAUUUUUAUUUUCUUGAUUUUAAUACAUAUUAACUCAAAUUCGUGUUUAGAAAUCCCAAUUUCUUUUUUCUUGAUUCUGGUUGAAUUUCCGCCAUAUUGAAUCAGCUUUUGAAUUUCGAAAAACUAACUUCAGAUUCGUAAUCGGUGAUUUCCAAAACCUAUAAUUCCAUGUAAUUGGCACCAAAUAUUGACAUUCUACCACGAAUAAUUCAUCGUGCUCUCGAAACAGGAUUUUCAAAAACUACGUGCAAUCUCAUUUGAAAACGGAUCCAUUUAAAGAUUUAAUCUUUUGACCUCUCGAAAGAAAAUCUUUUUCAUUGGAGGAAAGACCUAUAAAAGCUGCAAAUUUUUUGUAUUCACUAUUUUAGGUGAAGCCUUAAGGUGGAAAAAAGGCUAAAAAAAACGAUCUCAAAGUUUGAAAUCGCCCCAUUGCGUCAAAUUUGGAGUAUUUUAUCUGUUCUUAGGACAUUUCUCCAAUAAAUUUAGUUUACUUUAGAGCCUUAUUAUUAGUUUUGUGUUUCAGAUUGAUCCUGAGGCAGCAGGCUGUACGCAGUUUUGUAAUUCCACGCGCACCUAACCUUAGACAGAACGUCACAACGGGAACCAUUUUAUUUUGUCGUCUUGAAAAAAAUUGUUAAUUAAGACGAAAAUAUAAGUUUUAAUUCCUAAAACUGUUUCCUUCUCUGUUUUUUUUCAUUGGCCCACAAAAAAUCCAAAUUUUACUUACUUUUUGGUCAUUUGAAUGAGAACCUCCCGUUAAGGGGAUCUAUCAAGGGAAAAUUUAAAAAAAAUAGAUUUUUACAUUUCUUAUAAAAGAAAUAUAUAUAAUUCGCUCAAACUUUCAAGAUUUUUUCCGAGGCCCGGAGGGCCGAGUCUUAUAUACCAAUCGACUCAGCUCGACGAUUUGGGACAAUGUCUGUGUGUGUGUGUGUGUCUGUGUGUGUGUGUGUGUAUGUAACGGACAAAUUCUCAUUCGUGUUUCUCAGCAAUGGCUGAACCGAUCUUAUCCAAACCAAUUUUAAAUGAAAGAACUAAAAAACAGUAUGAACGCUAUUAAUUUGUUUUUGAUUCUGAUGGUUAGUUUCCAAGAUAUGAAUGUUUGAAUGCGUGAAAAUGGCGUUUUUUUCAGUUUUUUUAAAUUAUCUGCCGAAAUUGAUAAUAUAGAUUAACAAUUUAUAUAUUUUAAGACAGAUUUAACGAAUACCUUUCGAACAAGCUAUAGAUUGUAGAAAUCGGACUAUUAUCAAAAGAGAUAUUUAACAUUAAAUUAAAUUUCCCAUUGCCAGAAAUAUGACCAAAAACAUAUAAUCUAUAAUUAACGGCAAAACGGCUUAUUUUAGGUCAAUAGUAUCUUCAGAGAAUUUAAUGGAGGUAAUAUGGCCUUUCUUUUGGAAUUGUGCUUUUGCUGAUUAAUCCCCCUAUGAGUGAGAUAUUUGCACAAAUUUUCUUGGAAGUGAUUAUAUCGAAAUGAUGUCUUCAGCAAAUUUGUAGCUCUUACUUUUGCGAAUAACUUUACUAAAGACUUUAAAUAUCUAUUUUGAAUACUUUAAAAGUUAUGGCUUGUUGUUUGUUGAUUACUCUUUC